GUUGCAGAUGUGCAGAAGACAACAAAAAAUUCUCUCUCUAUUCUUUAUAUAAAAAUCAAAUCAUAGUAUGUCUGUGUGCGUGGGUGUGAGAGUUUUUCUUUAAAUUUUGCAAUGGCGAUAGAAACGGAGACUCAACAAGAACACAAGACAUCUUCAGAAUGCACAGCAGCAGAGAAGAAGAGGUGGAAUCUCAAUGACUUCGAUAUAGUAUGUUGCAUCAUUAGCUAGAGCACUCAUCUAUUGUCAUGGAAGGCAUGUGGAUUCAUAGAGAUAUUAAACCAGAGAACCUUUUGGUUGGAGCGCAGGGUGAGCUCAAAAUUGCAGAUUUUGGUUGGUCGGUGCACUCAUUUAACCGCAGGCGAACACCGGAGAUGGUUGAGAGUGUGAAGCAUGAUGCAGAUGUGGACAUAUGGAGCCUUGGUGUUUUGUGCUACGAGUUUCUUUAUGGGGUGCCUCCAUUUGAAGCAAAAGAGCACGCAGACACGUAUAGAAGGUAAAUGUUGCUAUCUUUGGUUGGCGAUUUUAUCAAUAGCCCGAGUACAUGGAUUAAAGAAACUGAAUGAGCUACAUACCAAAUUAUUUGAUCAAUAGAAUGCAAAUAAGUAAUUUUUCCAGCAAAUGAUAGUCAUAGAAAUAAUGUUUUCAUCAAAGUUGAGCAAUAUUAUCCGAGCCAGAUAAUCAGACAAAUACCAAACUUAGCCCUUGUUUGAUACUUAUUUUUCUCAAAAUACAUUUUUUCUCUCUCUUCUUUUCA